UUCAGCUCCCUUAGAGCAUCUCCAGCCGUUGGCCCCCGAGGCGGCGACUUUACACGCCCCCUGGGGGCGAGCCGGCGCUAAAAUUGGCGCGGGGGCGAGCGGGUUCCCAUCCGCUCGCCCCAGGGUCACCCCAGACACGUUUUUUAUUUGAAUUCGGCAAAAUUCGGCUAAAAUUUGGCAAACUUGAUAUUCACAUUGAACAUGUUUGGCGUUUUACAUAAAUUAUUUAAAAAAGCAAACUACGGGGCUGCGAAGAAGCCGAUCAGCGCGGCGAAGUCGCCGACGUCGCCGCCGUCCUCGUUGUCGUCGGCGGCCUUCUCCUUCUUGAUGGCGCGGCCGCCACUGCUGGACCCCUGCCCGCCGUCUCCAUGGUGGACAGGCGGUGGCGGCGCAUCGUCGUCGUCGUCGCUGUCGUCGAGGACGACGAUGCCUCCCUCGUCCCGGCCACGGCGGCGAGCUUCGAACCGUGCGAAGGCGGCGCACUGGCGCUCCCUCUCCAAGUGCACCCAGUCGUCGCGCGCCCAUUUGAGGGCCGCUUCAUCGUCGAGCGCCUCCUCCUUGACGGGCUCCGUCUUCACGACGGGGAGCCCCGACUCUGACUUGAUGGCGGCGAGGCCCGGCUCCGUCUUGGGCUUGACGAAACACGGAGGAGCCGAGGAGGUGGCACGCCGGCCGCCCUCGUUGAUGACGAUGCCGGCGCUGCGGGUGCGCCAGCCGAGCGGCGUCUCCGCGGCGGGCUCUGCCUUGACGCCGAAGAGCGCCGGCGAGCCGGAAGAGUGGGAGGAGGAGUGGGAGGAGGAGGAGGCGGCGAAUCUCCUGGGCACCCACGGCCCGGCGCUCCGGCGAGGGGCCGGCACGGCCACCGUGGCUGGGUAUGCCAGCGGCGGGUUAUUGCCGCCCUCGAGGUCGUCGGCGCACGCCCUGGCCAUGGCGCGGUCGCGGCAAACCUUGAGCUGGAUCCGCUCCUCGUACAGCUUGCACGCCAGCGUCCACUUGUACUCCUUCCCCUUGGAGGGCGACCCCUCGCCGGCGCCGUCGACCAGGUUCUCCGAUGAGGUCCGCGUGUGCACGCGCCGCGCGAUGGACGUCGACAUCAAGGGUCUCUCCCUCCCGUCCACGUCCUCGACCUCCGGCUUUUCCUGCGGCUCUGACGCAGGCUGCUGCACAUCCUCUUGGUGGUCUUGUCCGUCAGCUUGCAGGUCUUCGCUGCAUUAUUCGGCCACCUUCGACUCCACCAAUGCUUUCGGUCAGAUUCUUCUCGAGGAAGACGAACAUGGCAACACUCCAAUCUCUUUUCCUCAACCGCAUGUCCGCAUCAGUACUGAAUGUGAUGCCAAGUCCCUGAAACACCGUUCCAGACCACCAGAUCCGGAGUGCCGCCGCUGGAUCCUGUCCCAAUCACGCCUGCAGUCAAGAACCGGGACAGCGUCGUGCGCCCUUCCCCGUCUCCAACGCUCCAGUGCCCACGCCGUCGAUGCUGUCGUCAUUUCAGCAUCAUUCGAAUGUGUGUGGAUUUGGUCACUUCAUUGCCUUCCCAUCGUGUUUAUCGUGUUGGGUUAACAACAGAGUGUGCGUGCGUGAUGGCUGGAUGUACCAUGUACGGGCAGAAACUCUGUUGAGGGGACCGCGAGUUGAAUACUAAACAAUGCAAGGUCUUUUCUGUAAAA